CACAUUCAUUCUCAUUCCUUUCUUCUAGACCUGCACUCUGUCAUUCCCUUAUAAUAACAUGGACGCACUUGCAGAAGGACCUCAGGUCCAAGUCAAGUUUGUGACUCGCCAGAGACAGUAUGCUAUCCCUGAAACCCCUAUCCAGACACCUGCACGCCUUAGACGAUAUGGACUCUCACAAAUUAUCAAUCUUGUUCUUCAGAACGAAGGAGAGAAGCAGAAACCUUUCGACUUUUUGAUUGAUGGCGAGUUCUUAAGAACUUCACUCGUUGAAUAUCUGGAGGAGAAGAAUUUGUCAACUGAAAAUCUUCUGACUAUUGAGUAUGUCGAAUCAAUGUUACCACCAACACCUCUAUCGUCAUACGAGCAUGACGAUUGGGUUAGUGCUGUUCAAGCUCAUCAACCUGGUGGCUUUUUGACAGGAUCGUACGACAACCAUGUUCGCAUUUGGAAUAAGCAGGCAGAAUGCACUCACAUUUUGUCAGGACAUAGCGGGGCCAUCAAGACUGUCCAAUGGCUCACAUCAAAUGGAGAGAGUGGCACUUUAUUGUCUGGAGCAUUGGAUCGGUCAAUCUUGGCCUGGGAGUAUAACCAUACUGAUAGCAGCAACUCGAUUUUGUAUGAGUGUAGAGGACACACUGCAGGAGUAGAGAGCAUCUCUUUGAACUCCAAUGGAGACAGAUUUGCUUCAGGAUCAGCAGAUUCUAUGAUCAAGAUUUGGACCACCACUGUUCCUACGGCCAGUGACCACUUUGAUGAAGCAGCGGAAACACGGAAAAAAAGAAAGACGGCCAAAGACGAUAGGAUCUUUAAGGCUCCAAUCCUUACGCUGGCUGCACAUACAGGCCCCGUCUCUUCAGUUGUCUUUAAUCCCACAUCAUCGGAUACCCUGUACAGUGCUGGAUGGGAUCACUCAGUUCGUGUCUGGGAUGUUGAGAACCAUGUCAAUGUCGCCACCAAGAACUGCGAAAAGACUGUUCAUGCCUUGGAUUAUUCUCAGCUUUCUGGACUUUUAGUUUCUGGCCAUGCAGAUACUGUCAUCCGUCUGUGGGAUCCUCGCACCGAGGAAUCAUCUAUCGUGAAGCAGACUCUUAACGGACAUCAAAACUGGGUCACAUCUGUUUCAUGGUCACCAUCAUCAGCAUACAUGUUAGCCAGCGGAUCUUAUGAUGGAUUUAUCAAAGUUUGGGAUAUCCGUGCUAAAGGGGCCUUGUAUACAUUGUCUCAUGGAAAGGGAUCCAAAAAGGUGCUCAGCAUUGAUUGGAGUAAUGAUUUCCUGCUGUCGGGAGGAGAAGACAAUCAGAUGAAGAUUCAUAAAGCUCAGGACAUGACAGAGCGUAUAGAAGGAUAGGAAGGCUGAAGUAGAAAAUCAUAGCACAUUUAUUAAAGCAUUUGGGUUUUCAACCCUCCCCCUUUUUUUUACCAUUUUCUCCAUCACACAUGUCCAUGUGUUCCCCUCUAUUUGUGGAGAAAUAAGGGGAUGGUCCGUUUUCUUUUUCCUUUUAUUUUUUUCUUUCUUCCUUACAAUUCAAAAUCCACCUCGGUUUGACCAAUAUACCCAUAAAGGCAGACAUGUCUGAUCAAAGAGCGGUU